AUGACUAAUAAAACUUUUAUAUUACCUGUCGAUGUGCCCGUCCUAGAUUCUCUUCCGUUCACGCAGCAAUCGCACUACGACGAACGAACGGCGAAGGUUUUUGGUAGCAUUGUCGAGAACACGUCUGGCGAAAGCCGGACUGGCGGCCAGACACAGCGAUCAAUCGGCCGAGAAGUCGAUUCUUCGGACGGGUCUAAACUCGAUUGCUCGCCCGUUGACAACACGAAACGGCAGACUGCCGGCACAUACGAACCAUUUGCCUUUGCCGCGUUUGGUGACGAACACGCGCUAUGUAAUAUGUAUUGUACUAAUAAGUAA